UCGCUUGUUCUGGGAUAAAAAAAAAUGGAGAAACAAGCAGAGAUAGAACUAAGGCCUGAAGACAGAGGAGAUGAUUAUGAUGCUAUUGUUGUGGGGUCUGGAUAUGGUGGUUCUGUUGCUGCUUGUCGAAUGUCAAUGGCGGGAAUAAAGGUUUGUCUGCUAGAGAAAGGUCGGAGAUGGAAAGCAGAGGAUUUCCCAACUGACAUCUGGAAGAUUAUUUCAGCUGUGAGGUAUCAGAACCAGAACUUAGGCGUCAGAUUUGGACCAGAGGAUGCUUUAUUUCAGUUAUAUGAACAGAAUGAUUCUUUAGCAGCAGUGGCUUGUGGACUUGGUGGAGGUUCCCUAGUCAAUGCUGGAGUGAUGCUGCCAACACCAAUUCGUGCUAGAAGGAAUCUAAAAUGGCCAAAGGAAUGGGAAAGAGAUUGGGAUAUUUGUGAGUCUUCUGCUGCAGCAAUGCUGAGAAUUCAAAGCAGUUCAGUCAAAUUUCCUAUAGCCAAAGUCAUGGGAGAAAUAGCUGGAGCAGAGUUUGAAGCAAAUAUUGAGAGUUCUGUAAAGCUAAGUGUGAAUUUUGAUGUUGAAGAACCUCCUUCUAAUCCACCAAGGCUUGAGCAGAUUAAUAGCUGCUUUGCCUGUGGAAAUUGUCUUGCUGGGUGUCCUUACAACGCCAAAAAUUCUACCGAUAAAAACUAUCUUAUCUCAGCAAUACAGGCAAGAUGCACUAUAAGGACAAAAUGUCAAGUUCAGUAUGUGAUCAAGAAUCCCCAUGGAAUUUGCCAACCAGGCGGAAUUAGCAGAAAAAGAAGAUGGCGUGUUUACAUAAAUGAGAUUGACUACAUAACAUCCGAUUGGGUAAUUCUGUCAGCUGGAGUUUUGGGCACAACUGAGAUACUUUUCCGGUCACAGAUGAGAGGAUUGAGGCUUUCGGAUACUCUCGGAUCUGGAUUCAGUUGUAAUGGCAAUAAUCUCGCUUAUGUUGCUGGAAGCCCUGCACCCCUGAAUGGUUAUGGAUUAAACAGAAAGCAAUUAUCAGAGAUACCUUUCCAAGAUAGGCCAGGGCCAUCUAUCUCUUCAUCUCACACUUCUUCAUUGGGUUUUACAAUCCAGAGCGCUAUACUUCCAAGAGCUUAUCCGUAUCUUUUGUUCGAAGGGAUUACAACUUAUAACUGGCCAACCGGUUACCGAUUCUUUCAGGGGAUUGUCCAUAGGCUGAAACAUUUUAUAGGUCUUGGCUUAAGCCAAUCUAUCAUUCUCAAUGCAAUGGGAUAUGAUGAAAGUGAUGGGAAAAUCAUGUUAGAAAAAGACACGGACAAAAUCUGCUUUCAUCCACCCCAGGAUCCCUUACUUCCACGAAAAAUCAUAGCUUUUCAAAAGCUGACCAAAAAACUCGGGGGAAUCCUUUUCAUGUCUAGGUACAGAAGCACAGCAGUUCAUCUUUUAGGUGGUUGUAAUGCAUCAUCAGAUGCUUCAGGUGGGGUAUGCAACCAUAAAGGUCAGGUUUUUGACCCAAAAACUCCUGCUACUGUACAUGCAGGCCUCUACGUUUGCGAUGCUUCUCUAAUCCCAUGUUCCGUUGGCAUAAAUCCAUCUCUUACUAUUGCAACAGCCGCUGAACAUGCAAGCAGGUACCUUGUGCAGGACAUUCUCGAGUACAAAAACAACAUUAGUGCUAGUGUUGCAGCUGUUGGUCAGAAUCAAUUUUCUGUCACGGGUAAAAAUUUAGAGAAUGACAAUGAAUCAACUGUUCUGAUUAAAGAAACAAUGAGAGGCUAUGUGGGGGGCAUGCCAUGCACAGUUCAUCUAAAAAUGAAAAUGCAGUCACAGAAUCUUAAGAGCUUUGAUAAACGGAACUGGUUUAUAGGAGAACCUCACCCUCUUCUGAGGGGAAAGGCUGGUGGGUAUGUAGUGUUCAGUGCCAUUGAAAAGGACAAAUUACAUGUCAUAGAUGGGGAAAUGGAUUUGUGUGUGGUCGAUGGCAGAACUCCUUAUACGCAGUAUAUGCACUAUCGACUUCUCCUUGCAGCUGCUUCUGGUUCCAGAUAUAUACUUGAGGGAAAGAAGAUAAUGAAUCCUUACCACUUCGCAUUGUACGCUUGGAGGGAGACAACAACACUGUAUGUUACAUUUAAUAAAGUUGCUCAGAGUGGCUCGACAGGCACCAUGCUGAAUUUGAAAGGAGAGCUUAGAGUUUCCUUCACAGAGCUUCUGAAGUGUUUUAUAAGCCUUAAAGGAAACGGGAGAGGAAGAUUCAUACAUCUUCUUAUACAGACACUCAUAAGGACUUACAUCUUACAAAUACCACGAGUGUCUCGCAAGAACUUCAUCGUAACAGAUUCCAUGCGAUAA